ACGCGCCAAGUGUCACAAGACUAUGUGCACCGCACCCACAUGAUAACCAGCUCAUUUCAUUUUCUGCCAUCUUUAUAUACUCCAGUAAAUCCGCUCACCUGUUUCAAUACGUUUCACUCUGCUUCUCCUCUCUCUGGAUUUCCUGUUCGCUUCUAGGAGGAUUAGAAGCGGAAAUCUGCUUAUUAUCUUUUUGUCUCCUCCGCGAACAGGUGGUGAGUGAAGAGAAAUUGGAGUAGAAGGUGAUUUGGAGGAGUGGAGUUGGACCAUAAAGAGGAGUGUGAGAAACAAGGAAAAGAGAUAUCGAAUGAUGGUGAAAUAAGAGGAAUAGAAUUAGGAGCUAAAUGGAGGUAGAGGAAGAGAGUUUGAUGGAAGGCACGUUACAUGGAGACGGUGGGUGGGAUGGGGUGUAUUUGGCCCUGAAGAUCCAUCUCCUAGUGCAAGAAGGCCCUUCAUCGUCCUGUAACGUGGAGAACUUCAUAUCCAAAAUAUCCAUGUGUCAUGUCUAUGUGCUGGAAAAAUCUGAAAUGGAACAAAAUGAGACUGGGUGCCAAGCUCCUCAAGCUCCAAUCCUCUGUGUUAACAACUGUGGGUUCUUUGGGACAGCAGCAACUAUGAAUAUGUGCUCCAAGUGUUACAAGGACCUUGUUUUGAAGCAAGAGCAGGCAAAGCUUGCUGCGUCAUCCAUCCAGAAUAUUGUUAAUGGAGGUCCCGAUGCUGGUGGCGAGGAUUUAGAUGUUACUGUAAUUACUGAAGCACACACAACCUUGUCAGAGAUUCUGGCAGUACCAACAGAAUCAUCCUCUUCAAAUCCAGCAAAUGAGAAAAAUGAGGAAGUUAAAGGUCCAAAAAGGUGCGCCACCUGCAGGAAGCGCGUUGGUUUGACAGGUUUUGGUUGUCGGUGCGGCAAUAUGUUCUGUGCUGUCCAUCGGUAUUCCGACAAACAUGAAUGCCCCUUCGACUAUCGGUCUGCUGGUCAGGAAGCUAUAGCAAAGGCCAACCCCAUUGUUAAGGCAGAAAAGCUUGACAAGAUAUAGAACGGGCAAAGUUGGCUGUCCUGAAUCUAAAUGUAUGUCUUCAUCUACUAGAACGGGUGAAUCAGCUCAUACUGAACUUCUGGGGUGUCCUUAAGCUAUGAGUACUGGAAUCAAUCUUUGGGCCAUAAUGCAGAACUCUAUUCUGAUGCAAGAGUAUAAUGUUAUGCUCUGUCUAGUGCUUGUUUUAGGACUCAAUAGGUAUGGUAAGAUGGUAUGUUUCAGGUAGUCACUUGUAUUGAAAUUUCUCAGUGGCUUUAGCAAUAACAUCUUUUAGUUCAUCAUGCUAGAUCAAACGUGGAACCCUGGCCCCAGCAAGAUAUUUUCUUUUUUUGUUUACUUGUGUAAUAUAACUGAUCAGAUGAUGUUCGCAAAAGUCGGUACGAAAGAUCUUACUCUUGCUAGAGAGCAUCACGCAUUGGUUUCA